GUGUGCCGGACGUUUAACCCCGAGGCGGUUCCAGUUGAACCAGUUUGUUGAACUGAGUCGGUGUUGAGGUACGCUGCCUGUAAUGGAGAACGCACUGGUCCGGCACGACUCGCCACAGCACCGGCGAGGGCAGAAGCGGAAAAUGUCGCUGACAAGCUGCGACACGUGCGACGGACAGGAGGCGAAAUACAGGUGUCCCAGCUGCCUGAAAUACUCGUGCAGCCUGGCCUGUGUGAAGCAGCACAAGCUCGUGAUUGGCUGCAGUGGCGUGCGCGACCAGACCGCUUUCGUUCCCCUUGCUCAGUUCGAGGAGAUCAAUCUGCUCAACGACUACCGCUUCCUGGAGGAGACAGCGCGGGUGGCAGACAUGCCUAGACGCGACGCGCUGCUUCACGGGCCGCCCCACCACGUACGUUUGGCCAUGGCUAGGAAGAGCGCCAGGAUGGCCAAGGUCACCCUGAAGCUCCUGCCCAAGUCCUUCAGCAGGCACAGAGAGAACACCACCUUCUACAGCAAAGCAGAACGGAAGCUGUACUGGCACCUGAAGCUGCUCUUCCCCCAGUGCAGGGCCGAGUGCACAGACAGGGUGCCGGAAGAUCGAGUCCUCCAGGACGUCCUCGUCGACUACGUCCACCCCACCGAGUCCGACCCAGUGAAACGUCAAAGGUUGAAGAUAUACGUUCCUGCCUUCCCUGAUCAGCUGUGUGUAUUUCUGAAGUCCGAGCAGAGGCGCCCCGACUCUCCUAGGUACCACGAGCUGGACGUGAAUAAGAGCCUCAGGGAGAACAUGAGGUACAAAACAGUGCUGGAAUAUCCAGAAGUGCACGUGGUCCUGAAGGGGCACCUCGAGGAAUACCUCACUCGCUUCCCAGGCAGGAGCAGGACUAUGGAUCAGAGUGACAGCCACAUAGGGAGCAUCUCUGUCCCCAUGGCACCGGGAGCACCACCCCCCAGGGAGGGCAGGACGCUGGGCACGCAUGCCGAGACUGAGCUAGAGGAAGGAGAGAUCCGAAGCGAUGAGGAGGACGAGAAAGACGAACAUGAACAUCAUGGUUAUGGUGCUGGUGGUGUAUAUCAAAACGUCACUGUGGAAACCGAUAUCGGUCUUCCUCAUGAUGUGCAGGAGAAGAAAAUGGAUGAUUUCAAGUACAGUGCCAUUGCUGAAGACCAAAGUGUAACCAUGGAGACACAGGAUCAGGACAGCGAUGUAGAUGACAGGGUUGCUGCUGAUAAUGACCAAAGUGUAACCAUGGAAACUGGUGUUUUUCCUUCUUCUUCUCAUUAUGUACAUUUAGUUGAUGGUGAUAUUGGCCAUCUGGUUGAUGUGGAUAGCUUAGGAAACCCUAUUGUCCAAAAUGUAGAAGACCGUCCUCUACUUGUUGAAGUUGGUGGCAAGGACCAGCAAGACGAGACAGGAAGCACAGCGAUCGAGGAGACUAAUGGCAGUGUGGGGACACCCGAUCGUCCUCCAGGUGUGGACCAGCGAGACACAACGGGAAGCGCCGUCAUCGAGGAGACUAACGUCAGUGUGGGGACACCCAAUCGUCCUCCAGUUGUGGACCACCGAGACACAACAGGAAGCGCCGUGAUCGCGGAUACUAACGUCAGUGUGGGGACACCCCAGGGGGAUGCCCAGGCUGUGGGUGUGGUCAUCAGUGAAGGACCACACACUGAUUGAAUAAUUACUGUAUUAUUUUUGGUUUUUUUAAACUCAACUUAUUGGGUUGUCAUUUUGCUUCCUGAGCAGAUAAAGUUCCAACUGACCUUUUUCAUUCUGGGUUUUCGUGUAAGACUGUAACUCCCAAUUUGGUGCCCCCUUCCUGACUCGUUAGUAUCAUAAUUCAUAAUUGCAUUGUUAAUUAUUUACACAGUUCUCUCUGUUCAUGUGAUAAACAGUGAGUAGUGUGUUUAGAUAAUGUGUAAAUGAAUCUGCUACACUGUAGUAAGCAAUUUUAGUAACAUCCGUGCUUAACAACAAACAAAUAAGAUUCAAUUUGUGUGCGUGCCUGUUUUUAUAUAUUGGGCUUGUGUGAAGGUUGGGUUUUGUAAUCCUUGAAUAAACGAGGCGUGUGUGUGAGUUGGGGAGAGAGAGACAUC